GAUUUUUAUCACCACACUUUAUUUUUUGAUAUAACAAUAAUUAUAUGCUAUUAAAAGCAAAAAUAAAAUUUUCUUUUACCAAAAAUGUAUAAAUUCGUUGUUUUUGCAAUUCAAAGUUCAAAAUUCUCAAUAUGCAUAUUUUCAUCGAGAUUUCACGCGCCAUUGCUGUGACGUCAUAGGUGUCAAUUCCGGUCAACCGAGAAGGCGAGAAAGCGCUUGUUGUGUUUACAUAACGGGUCAAUUAAGAUCCGUUAGCAAACAAAUUAGUGAUAAGUGGACUUAAAAUUGUUACAAUGGUGUAUUGUGCUGCUUACGGGUGUAACAACGUGCACAAGAAGGGGUGUGGUAAGAGUUUUUUUACGUUCCCGAAGGACACUGGUCGGAGGAAAACAUGGACAUUUUUUUGCAAGCGUCAGGGGUUUGUGCCGACAAAAAACCAUCGUUUGUGCUCGGACCACUUUUCCAAACAUCAAAUUCUAAGGGAUCCUGCCAAUUUGGAACAGUUUGGCUAUGCUGGGGCUCGGAUUCGACUGAAAGAAGACGCUGUGCCAGACGUCCCUCUUCCCAUCCCCAGCGAAAAUGCCGCCAUUUCCCUUGUCCUUCCCCCCAGACCCCGAGGGGCCUACAUGAAGCGCCAGAAGGCUGAUAUCAUACAUCAUGCUCUACAAGAAUUGGAACUUCGGCAUCCAAAUUCAGAGAACAUUGCACCCCUGGAGACUACACCACAGCCUGAGAAAGCAUUGGAGCCUACCGACACACAAGAACAGAACUCUACAGCAGCUGAGCAACCCAGUGGAACUGAUUCAGAGAGCAACACCGGGCCCCUUCCAAUUGUACUUCAGUGUGAGAAAGGAACAGAGCCUACUCAGCCUAUCGACUCAUUCCAACCUGAGAGCACAGCUGCUGAGCAACCCUGUGGAACUGAUUCAGAGAGCAACACCGAACCCCUUCCAAUUGUACCUCAGUGUGAGAAAGCAACGGAGCCUACUCAGCCUAUCGACUCAUUCCAACCUGAGAGCACAGCUGCUGAGCAACCCAGGCAAACUGAAGCUUCAUCCAGGUGCAAGAAGACUGUAUCAAAAAGGUGCCAGGCCAGUGUUCAAGUUCCACAGAGAACAAGGCGCAUUCAGGUAUCUAUGGACAAGAAAGCCACAGUUUCCACCGGUACUCAGUGUUCCACUUUGUCUGACGGCAUUCCUCUUCGUGUAGCUGCUGGAUUGACCCCUGACCUAUCCCAACAGUGUGCAUUAGAGACUGUACUAGACCAUCACAGUGAUACUGAGAGUGACAUUGAGGACCAUUGUGCACGCGAGGACCCUGAUUAUGACCCUGUUGACAAGGAGGACCCAGAGAGUGACGACAGUGGCGAUGAAUGUGAAGAGGGAUUUCGUCUACACAGUGAUGUUUCCCCAGAGGAGGAAAGACAAUUUUUAGUGUCAGAGGUUCAGUUAGCCCAACUUUUGCAGAACUGUGUUAUAUGCGGAAGUCCAUGUGAAACAGUGGUGAAGUACACUCGUGGUACUAUGAUUUCAACAUCAUCUGCAUGUGCCAGUGGCCAUACUCGUACUUGGGAGAGUCAGAGAUGUCACCAAGGAAUGCCCUGGGCGAAUCUGCUGGUUGCUGGUGCCAUUGUAUUCAGUGGAGCCAACGCCUCUAAGAGCCUUAGACUGUUUCGACAUUUGAAUCUACAAAUGAUAUCAACUUCAACAUUCAGCAGACUUCAAUCCUCAUAUGUGGUACCAGCGUCAGUGUUCACCUGGGAUUUCCAUCAACAGACCCUCCUCGACGAAUACCAGGGAAGAAGGCUGACCUUGGGUGGAGAUGCACGGUGCGAUUCCCCAGGCUUCACUGCAAAGUUUGGUUCUUACACGUUGAUGGAACUUAGCAGUGGAAAGAUUCUGGAUUUCCAAUUGGUUCAGAGUAAUGAGGUAGCAGGAUCCACGCACAUGGAGUUGGAGGGGUUAAAGAGGGGGCUUCAACGUCUUGAAGAUGCAGGUCUUCAGGUGGAAACUCUCGUCACCGACCGACAUGGUAUGAUCAAGAAGUAUAUGAGGGAGGAACAUGAAGACAAGAACCACUUUUUUGAUGUUUGGCAUGUGGCAAAAGGCAUUUCGAAGAAACUGGAAGGCGCAUCAAAGAAGAGAGAUUGUGGCACUAUCCGACCCUGGAUCAAGUCCUCUGUCAACCAUUGUUAUUUGGUGGCUGCUUCCGGUGGUGUAGACUGUGACCUAAAAACCCUUUAA